AUGUCUUUGUGCUCAACCGCCCUUUUCAAUGACUAUUCUGGGGGCGGGGCCCCGAAACACACACACACACACACAUACGAACACGCGCGUGCUCUACGUAUACGGUCACUUCUUUCACUUCACACACUCCCUGAAUGGACACCAAUUGACCACCCAUGCGGACUAAAAAGCUACAAGAUGAUUACACCACUUCCCUUCUUAAUCAACAUUUCCAGUCCUUCCCCGGGAUCACUGGAUUCUGAAGAUGGCAAUAAAAGCUGCCGCUUCGAUGAAGAGUUCAAAUACAUACUGCUGCCUGUAUCGUACUCGAUAGUGUGUGUCGUCGGCUUGGUGCUCAACUCCGUGGCCCUGUGGAUGUUCCUGACUAAGAUGCGUCCCUGGAACGCUAGCACGGUGUACAUGUUCCAUUUGGCACUGUCAGACAUGCUAUAUGUGCUGUCUCUUCCCACGCUCAUCUACUACUACGCCAACCGGAACCACUGGCCCUUUGGUGUAGCCCUAUGCAAAGUGGUGCGUUUCCUGUUCUAUGCCAACCUUUACUGCAGCAUUCUCUUCCUCACGUGUAUCAGCGUGCACCGCUACAUGGGCAUCUGCCACCCAAUCCGCUCGCUCAUACUAGCCAAGCCACGCUAUGCUCAGCUGGUAUGUGGUCUGGUGUGGGCAGCCGUGACUACAUGCUUGAUUCCCAACCUAAUAUUUGUCACUACUACACAGCGGGAUAAUGACACAUUGUGUCACGACACAAGUAGUCCUUCUGAUUUUGAAAAUUAUGUCACCUACAGCUCGGUCGUGAUGACACUGCUCUUUGGGGUGCCCUUCAUUAUCAUCAUGGUAUGUUAUUAUCUAAUGGCACGGGCUCUCUGCCGCCCCAGACAGAUUUCUUCCAGUCAGAGGGGCAAGUCGAGGAAGAAGUCUAUUAAACUCAUCAUUAUAGUGCUGGUUGUGUUUGCGGUUAGCUUUGUACCUUUUCACAUCACUCGCACGCUCUACUAUACAUAUCGUGUUCUGGAGGCCGACUGCUGGAUCCUCAAUAUUGUGAACUUCACAUACAAAGUUACACGGCCACUAGCCAGCGCCAACAGCUGCCUGGAUCCGAUCCUCUAUUUCCUGGCGGGGGAUCACUACCGCUCCAGACUUAUCCGAGCAUUCGCUAAGAAGCAAGCGCCUAACAAUUUGCAGUCCCCACCAGAUAAAAAUAAUGACCUUGCUUUGGUUUUCAAAAGCCCUGCUGUGCAAGCAAGUAGUGAUGGAGCACACUAGAGCCCUGUGUGUGUGUGUGUGUCAUCCCAAAAAUUAUAUAAGUUACUUUUUGAAUUACAGCCAAGGUGAAGGAAUGGUUGUGUUUUGAUCUGCAAAACGUCACUGGAAUUGCACAACCUACUGGCAGAAGAGAAGUUCUUUAUGUCUGUUGCUGUUAGACUCCACAUGUUCACCAUCUUUUGAUGUGCCACUAUCAAGAUAUAAGCAUUUUCAUAAUGUUGCCAUUUAAAGUAAGCUUCGGAAUACACCCCUGGUCUAUUUACCAUCAAGCCUUCUGAAAAGUUGUUAUUCAAGUAAACAGAUAUUCUUUCAUUGUUCUUAAAACUACAGUUAGAAAAUAAUACACCACUGCAAUAUAACACCAGGAUUGAGUGUACUGUGAACUGGAGUCUCCUGGUAUUAGUACAGAGGAAUGCAGACACAUACAAUGCCCCAGAGUGGACUGUUGCUCUCUAAUGGACAUAAAGGGUUUAAGUUCGCAGCUGUUUUUGUCCUACAGUGUAGGAGUGUGUGUGUUUGUGUGUGUGAGAGAGAAAGAGUACUAAAUGACCCUGUAAUUAUUGUAAUAUGUGAUAAUUUGAAGACUGUGAGAACAUCUGCUUAAUCUUCACUUUUUUUAAGACUAGGCAAAGAUAAGGGUUAGAUGAAGGCCAGGGUUUUUCUUAACCUUUAGGGCUCUAAGUAACAUCCUACUUGGGCCACCUGGUGGUUCAGAGGCAACAAGCGGACACUUAUACAACGUAUACAGCUAUAAACAACACAGGAUAUAGUCAGUGGACAUCCAUGGCAACACCUUACAAAGACAAACAUAUGAACUGUACGUGUGCAUGUGUGUGCACUCAUAGUAAUAACGAUAUACACAUAUUGUUUUCAGAUUUAUAGACAAAAAUAGAGGCAAAAAAAGAAUCAUACACAAAUUGUGAAGGAAAAUUGUACCUUUCCAUGGCAUUGCAGUGGUACAUAGCAUUAAGAGUACUUUUGUUCUUUAGCAUAGAUCUAAAUGUGAAUAAUGUAUAGCUUUAGUUAAAAAGAAUUUAUGUACCUAACUGGACUUUACAGACCACUGAUCUAACAUUAAAGCUUUAUUUUUAAAAGCGAAUUAAAGUUAAACGUUAUGUACCUUCCCAUAAUUAUGGUACAAAAUGUGCUCCUUGACGUGGUGUGUGUAUUGACAAAGGUGUCCUUGACGGUGUGUGUGUGUGUGUGUGUGUAUAUGACAAACAUCCUUUAUGAGUCAACAUUUGUGUGAUUAUGCACCGUGCGUAAUGUGGUCAGUCUUUCAUUUUACAAAUGUCCUGAAAAGCACCUUAAAUAAUGUGAAGUCUGGUUCCAGUAGAUGUGUUUUAUUGUCUAAUUCCUAUUUGAUAUUAAAGAUUUAAUAAUUCCUCAUAUUACCUCAAA